CCCAGUUGUCUCCUCUUCUCCUGAAUGAUCCCCCAAGGAUGGACAAGGACAGGAAUGAGAUGACUAAGAGAAUAUUACACUUCACCUUGGAGAUCCUCCACCUGCUGACCGGAGAGGAUUACACCAUAGUGAAGAAGACAUGGGGGGAGUGUGUGGCCCCCAGCAGCCAUCUCCAUGAGUCAGGAGGACAGAGCAGGGCCCGGGGCCCCAUCAUGGAGCCUCCACCUCUCUCACUGAUACAUGAGGAGAAGAUCCUAGAACUCAUCCACAGGAUCACUGAGCUGCUGACUGGAGAGGUUCCUAUAAGGUGUCAGGAUGUGGCGGUCUAUUUCUCCAUGGAGGAGUGGGAGUAUGUAGAAGGACACAAGGAUCUGUACCAGGACAUAGUCAUGAUGGAGGAUCACCGGCCCCUCACAUCACAAGAAAAUCCCAGUAAGAAUUCUGAGGGAAACUUCAUGUUAUCCCUGAAUGAUAAAGGAGAAGAUGAAGAUAUGAUGGAGCGCUCCUCAGGAGAAGACCUCCUUACCCCUAAUGUCCAUCCAGAUCUAUCCUAUAAUAAUCCACCUGAUCAUGAGGAACCUUCUCCUGACCAACCACACAUUCUUACCCCAAGGACUGAUCAGAAAGGGAGGAAAAGGAUUCAAUGUGAUGAAUGUGGGAAAGAGUUUACAAGAAAAUCAAGUCUUAUUACUCACACAAAAAAUCACACAGGAGAAAAGUUAUAUUCAUGUUCAGAAUGUGGGAAAUGUUUUAAAAGACAAUCAAAUCUUACUGAACAUGAGAGAACUCACAAAGGAGAUAAGCCGUAUUCAUGUUCAGAAUGUGGGAAAUGUUUCAAAAAACUAUCAAAUCUUAUCGACCAUGAGAGAAUCCACACAGGGGAGAAAAAUCAUUCAUGUUCAGAAUGUGGAAAGUGCUUUAUACAAAAAUCCCAUCUUGUUAAACAUCAGAGAAAUCACACUGGUGAGAAGCCGUACUCGUGUUCGGAAUGUGGGAGAUGUUUUACAGAUAAAUCACAUCUUGCUACACACAAGAGAAUUCACACAGGAGAGAAGCCGCAUUCUUGUUUAGAAUGUGGAAAAUGUUUCAAUACUAAAUUCAACUUAAGGAGUCACGAGAGAACUCACACAGGGGAGAAGCCAUAUUCAUGUCCAAAAUGUGUGAAAUGUUAUACAAGUAAAUCAACUCUUGUUAGACAUGAGAGAAGUCACACAGGAGAGAAGCCGUAUUCAUGUUUAGCAUGUAGGAAACUUUUUACAGAUAAACGGAGUCUUGUUCUACAUCAGAGAACUCACACGGUUGAGAAGCCGUAUUCGUGUACAGAAUGUGGGAAAUGUUUUACAGAUAAAUCAAAUCUUGUAGUACACAAGAGAAGUCACAAAAGGAAGAAGACUUUUUGAUGUUUUAUUUGUAGAAAAUAUUUUACAAGGAAAACCAAUUUUGAGACUCCUCAGAGAAUUCCCAUGGAGAAUAAACCAUUUUCUUCUUUGGAAUGUGGGAAAUGUUCUCAUAUCUGGUUAUACAUAGACAUUACGUAGCCAAUAAAAUGUUUAUCUACCCUGUGGAACUCGCCUAAAUCUGCUGAACACCUAAAUAGUCCAUAGGCGGUUUGAUUAGACUGAUAAGUGGGUUGAGGUCAGUUCACAUCAUGUGCAGUUUUGAUGUGUUUUCUUAUUCAUAGUGCGUAGUCUAUACAACAAUUUUACCAUGAGGAGAAAAUAAUUUGGGUGUAUAACUACUAUGUAUCCUAAUCCCAUAGAGAUAGCUGCAGCAGUAUA